AUGGACUAUGAAUUUCAGAAUGCACAGAUGCAAAAUGACGCAGAAGGGGCAUCAACAUCGUUCGCUGUUGGCGAACAAGUUGAGGGGUUGUGCUACGAAGAGGGUGUCACUACGAACAAUCCAGAUACUGCGAAAAACCCAAAGCCAACCGGCAACGAUUGCGCCCAGAAAGCAAAUAACUCAAGUGAUAAAAGUGAACGGCUAAAAAACGAAAAGAAUAAACAAAAUUCAGGACCCAUUCGAGGUGAUACAAAUCUUCAAAAUUCAUCUGGAAGUGAGACAAAAGAUAGCGAUAAUGAUGAUGAUUCAAUGGAUUCAGAACAAGUUACCACCGAAGAUUCUUCGUCGCCAGCAAAUUCACCGUCAUCCAAACUGGAGCAAAAUAACAACGUGAGCACGAAUGAUAACGACGAAAUAUUCUCGAUGAUAAGAGCACGUGUGGAAAGUAAACCGAAACGUAAAAGACUUCAGUAUAUACGUAAACUCAAACGACAACUCAACUACUUUAUUGAAAUGCAAGAGAGGUCUGAAAGGAUACGUUAUGAUAAUGAUAAUCCAUUAAGAACGAUGCAUCGUAUGAAGGCGAAACUAUCUCAAAAUGGUAUUGUGCGUACAAAUCCAAUGGUGAACGCGGUACAAUGCCAGCAACGAUACCACUCAACACCCGAUUACAGUCUCCUCCUCGUUGUACCGUAUGCCGACGACUUCAAGAUGCUAAUGUGUGCAUUUUUCGAUAUCGAUGAAACCGAAGUGGCGUUGAAUUUGGACCACAGUUAUAUUUGUUCAUGGCAUUUUGAUCCUGACCAGUUCCUGUAUUCGGACCAGAAAAUUUUCUGGGCACCAGAUAUUUGUCCACGCCACAAGAUAAGAAAACCGGCCAAUUACGAGCCAUUUCCAUGGGAGAUAUCUGCAAAUGUCAGUGUUUGGACGAACGGCGGUAACGGUUUGCCAGUUGAUUUGGAUAGCAGAAUAAGGAAACGACCGCGACAUCCACCACCGAAAUGUGCAGAAAUUUUCUUCCGACAGAGCAAAUAUCGUAUUGCGGUAUGUGGUGGAUUGCUUAAUUGA